AUGGCAAAUUCAGCUACAGGAUCGCCGUCACCAUCGUCUGAGACGACGGCGCUGCCAUCAUACUUCAACGGUACUGCGGCUGCCCCCGAUCAGCCAGGCGCAAGUGCUGCACAGUUAUCGCAACCCUUCGCUCCCUCAGAGCAGAGUCCUGUCGAUAAUCAGCGUGAUCCAAUAUUAUCUCCAACUCAAUCUGCUCUUCAUCCUCUCCCUACCAAACCUGUCAGCCAGCUCUCUUCUCAAUCCGCCACCCCGGCCAUGACUCAGUCUUCUACACCCGCGCCUGCGCAGUCCAAACCCCGCAUUGUGGGUGGUUUUGAAGUUGAUGAUGAUCCUGAAGAUGAGGAAGGGACACAAGACGGAAAGGAUGAGGUUGAUGUCUACGAUCCGUCCGUGGGGCUAGACUUCGACGUCUCGACACCUGCUCCUCCCCUUGCAAAUCAAAACUCCAAUUCCCUUAAUAGAGCUUCCCAGUCACCAGAACAAGAAAAUGGAAUCACUCCUGUUCCUGUCCAGGCCACUGGUAGUCCUGCUGACGCUGACCUUUCUUCUUCCACUACUCUUCCUUCUGGUGCCAGUGUUGAUGUGCGUGCUGCCACUGCCACACCUUCUCACUCAGCUCCUGAUGUUCCGACUCAGAACUCUCCACCCCUCGCGCAUGUGAAUGCCUCUGUUGCUCCAGGCUUACUUAAGUCUCGACUAGCUCAUGAUGUGGUUGGUAUUCUGGAAGAUCGCAUCAAGGAUGACCCUCGUGGUGACAUUGAUGCAUAUCUUGAACUAAUCGACGAAUUGAAGAGUCGAAACAAGCAAGAAGAUGUCCGUCGAGUGUACGAGCAAUAUCUCAAAGUCUUUCCCCUGGCCGCCGAACAAUGGUGUGCAUAUGUGAAAUGGGAAGAGGAGCAAGAUCGAAUGCGGGCCAUGGAAACCCUCUUCAACCGAUCGUUGCUUGAUGUGCUUGAUGUGCAACUCUGGACUUUGUACAUCAACUAUAUCCGCCGACGGAACAGCAUGCAAACUGGCGAUAUCACUCGCUCGUACACCAUCAUCAACGACUCCUUCACCUUUGCACUCAAGACUAUCGGAAUGGACAAGGACUCGGGCCAAUUAUGGCAGGACUAUAUUAACUUCCUCAAGACUGGCCCGGGAAUCGUUGGUGGCAGCGGUUGGCAAGAUGGGGCAAAAGUCGACGCUUUGCGAGAGGCAUACCAAAAAGCAAUUGCUGUUCCUACCGCAGCAACCAUGCCCCUCUGGAAAGAAUACGAUGCGUUUGAGACCGGGCUGAACAAGAUCAACGGUCGGAAAUAUCUUCAAGAGAAGUCUCCGGUCUACAUGACCGCCAGGACGGCCUUCACCCAGCUGCAGAAUUUGACAAAGGACCUGAAAAGGACCUCGAGACCGCAAUUGCCACCCGCACCUGGGUUUGAGGGUUAUGCCGAGUAUAUGCAUCAAGUUGGUCUGUGGAAGCAGUGGAUUGAAUGGGAGAAAGACGAUAACCUUGUUCUUAAAGACGAAGACCCUGCUUUGUACAAGAACCGGAUUUUGUUCACAUACAAACAAGCACUCAUGGCCCUAGAAUUCUGGCCUGAGAUGUGGUAUGAUGCCGUGGAAUUCUGUUUCAGCAAUGGCCUCGACGCCGAAGGCACCAAGCUCCUCAACCAAGGAAUUACGGCCAACCCGGAGUCACCCCUGUUGGCAUUUAAACUGGCAGACCGUAUCGAGGUGUCCACUCAGAACGAUGAAAGUGCAGAUCCCGGCGCCAAAGAACGGAUGAAGAAAAUAAGAGAGCCAUAUGACAAAUUGUUGGAUGCACUCUACGAAUUGAUUAAGAAGGUAUCGAUCCGCGAGAAACAAGACAUUCAGAAGGCGGAACUUGCAGCUGCUGGCAACGGAGGGGAUGGUUCUGGGGACGACGACAUCAAUGCUUCCAAUGUCGCAACCAAGAAGGCGGCCCUCGACAGCCAAAUUGAGACGAUCAAGAAGAGUGCCCAAGCACAGACCGAUGUCCUCAGUCGAAUGGUCUCGCAUGUCUGGAUCGCACUGAUGCGCGCGACCCGACGAGUGCAGGGAAAAGGCCUACCAACAGAACGAGGACCUAGUGGCUUCCGUGCUGUCUUUGGCGAGGCGCGCAAGCGAGGCAAGCUUACGAGCGACUUUUAUGUCGAAUCUGCUCGGAUUGAGUGGCAAUGCUACCGGGAUCCCACGGGCACCAAGAUCCUUGACCGUGGUAUGAAGCUGUUUCCUGAAGACGACUACCUCCCGCUUCAGUAUGUGAAACACCUCUUUGACAUCAACGAUGUCACGAAUGCACGAGCCGUCUUUGAGACCACGGUCAAGAGACUUCUGGGCCACGACGACGCUGAGUAUACAGCAAAGGCCAAACCGCUGUUUGCUUUCCUGCACGACUACGAAUCCAAGUACGGGGAAUUGGCUCAGGUCCAGUCGCUUGAAGAGCGGAUGAAGAAGCACUUCCCUGAAGAUCCUCAGCUGAAACUCUUCUCCAGCCGGUACAACACCUCGUCUUUUGACACUAUGAAGACGUAUCCCGUCAUCUCGCCACAGCAAGUGAGGCCUCUGCAAAACGUGGUCAUGCCCUCUGUGGAGGUAUCUGAAGUCGUGAACUCUCCCAUUCAAAAGGUGAUUGACGCCAUCACAACCCAUUCUCCGAAACGGCCAUUCCCAGACGAUUUUGAAGAUGUUGGUCCACGUAAAUUGGCGCGUGGCGAGUCGCCCUUGAAAGGUGCAGCGGGUCGUCGCAUGAAUCAACAACAGCAGCAACAGCAACAGCAGCGCCAGAUCAACCCUCCUGUCGGGAUGCCACAGUUUCAAGCUCCUCCACCGCUACCGCCAGCAGUUGUUUACCUUCUGAGCAUCCUGCCAAGGGCUUCGACGUAUGUCGACACCAGGUUCGAUGCCGUGAAGAUCAUGGAGUUGAUUCGCGAUGUUCGUUUGCCUCCGCCAGGCGCAGUCCCUGCCCAACACAGCCAGACUCCAGCCCCGGCACCCCAGCCAGGUUGGCCUGCGUAUCCACCACAUCCACCUGUACCUAUCCCGCCACAAGGCUUCGGACCGCCGACUGGUGUUACACAAGGUCCGUACGGAGGAGUCAGGUUGACCCUGAUUAUACCCUUCGCAAGCUCAAGCACUGACACCACAACGAACAGCCUAGAGAUCUUUGAGUCAACAUGUCUGGAGCAGCCCGCAAGCGAGGUGCCGGUCGCGCGACUAGGGGUCAGCAGCCGGCCGAGACCUCUUCUCGUCGUGGCGAUCGACUUCAAGUUCCUGGCGGCGGCUUUGACGGGCCUGCUUCUCGAGGAAGCGCCUCUCAGUCUGGUCCCGGUUCUGCAGGUCGCGGUGCGGCCUCCACAGCUCCCUCUGUCGCGUCAGGUGCUGGUAGUCCCAGUGUCUCGCAAGGCGGCCCCGAAGAGCAGUCUCAACCUCGUCGCAGCAGUCAGUCGGGCGGUGCACCUCCACAAACUCAAGGGACUGUCCUUCGAGGUGAUCCAGCCCAAGACAGACCGUCCAGAUUCACGGAUCAGAUGCGAAAUGUCGAUCUUCCAGCAUCGUUCUACAACAUUGAUCAGCUUGUAA